GUCAGACCGGAAGACGGAAGAAAAUUAAUGACGUAGCGGUCGCAAGUCUGUCGAAGUUAAAGGUCCUGUAUUAUAUGAGUUUUGAUAAAAACACAGACGCAACUGGACUGGAUUUUUCAUUUGCAAGUUCAAUUGCAGUAUUUUGUGAUUUUCCUAUAAAAGAUGCCUAGAGGUAGCAGAAGUCGAACAUCAAGGAUGGCUCCCCCAGCCAGCCGGCCAUCUCCACCACCCAUGGCGAGAGCUCCCCCUCCUCCCCCGCCAAUGGCAAGAGCUGCACCUCCUCCGUCAAUGCCUGCACAUGCACCUCCAUCUGCCAUGGCUCCCCCGGCUCCAAGGGAACCUGGGAUGUUUGCCCGCAUGGCAACCACAGCAGCAGGGGUAGCGGUGGGGUCGGCGGUGGGGCACACGAUUGGACACGCCAUGAUGGGAGGUGGUGGUGGUGGUGGUGGAUCAGCGAGCUCUGAGCAAGCCAGGCCUGACAUCACCUAUCAGGAACCUUACGCCCAAGCCCAGCCUAUGUACCAGCAGCCGCCGCCCAUGUACCAGCCCCAGUCGAUGUACCAGCAGCCAGAGCCCGUUUUCCAGCAGGCGGAAAGCCCCUGCGCCUUGGAGCUGAAGCAGUUCAUUGAGUGCGCGCAGACCCAGAGUGACCUCAAGCUAUGCGAGGGCUUCAGCGAGGUUCUCAAGCAGUGCAAGUUCUCCAACGGAUUGUAAUGAAGAUAAAACAAAGAAACGGCCAUCGAUCCACGCACAUUAAAAAAAAUGUUUCCUGUAAUAUAGUUGCAGUUUUACAGCAGCAGUGUUACUGGCUUUGCUGGGGUACAAAAUAAAUGUGAUCAAACACAAAACAUUAAAAUUUCACAUUUCUUUUGCAGUUAUUGCUGCAUACUGGUAAAGGCAGCAACAUGGGUGUGUUGUUUUUUUUUUUUUUGAUAAAAUUUAUUGGCCCUUUAAUGUUAUGUCAUUAAUAAAAUAUUUAUAUAUUUUGCUUUAAUGCCCUGUAUUGAACUUUGAAAUAAAGGUUUGGCAUAGUCUCCUGAAA